AUGAAAUGGAGCAUAUGGCUGGGAUUUUUUCCCUUUAUUUCACUUUGUUUUGCUGCCAAGCCUAUAGACGUUAGGGUCUCUACAACAUUCAACAAGCCGUCAUUCGUAGCUCUAUUAGCUGAAUCUCUAUAUGAAGAAAAUAGAAACAGCUUUCUUUGGUUUUUAGACAAUUUACCGUUGAUUCGAACGGACGGCUUGUCGACGGAUGAGCAUUUGUACAAUCGCACCGUUCAGUAUUUAAAGGCCGAUAAUGUUUUAUCCCAAGAAGAGCUUACAACAUUUACUUAUUCUGUUGCGUUAUUAAGUGGAGUACCAAAGCUGGCUGCUUUUAGCAGUGUUGUUUCUUCUCAUCCUGAGGGUUGUAACACUUUUCUAAUUUUUAACGAUCAAACGAAUCUUUGUUUUUCCGAUCUACCUCAAGGUUCCUUCCUUUAUACAGGAAACUAUCAACCUACACCUCUUGACUAUAGUGUUGCUUACUUCUCAGAAGCGCUUCCGGUCGCCGUCAUCGUUACCGAUUUUGGAACAGAUUUUGACAGAUUCCAUGAACUUUACUCAUCUUUGGCAAAAAAUAAAGAAUGUAAUUACGUUAUACGAUAUGCUCCUGCUCCAAAUGCUACUAUGGAGAAGCUCUAUGUCAUUGGCUCAUCUGAUGAGAAAAACGAGGUUCUCUUCGAUCUAGCCUCCGAUCAACUUGAAACCGUCACUCAAGACCAGAUUGCGACUUUGGAUAUGCUUGCAGCGGAAGCUAUUGUGACGAGCAAAACCCCCUUGAAGACCUUAAAGCUCCUUGUUCAAGAUUUUCCAAUGUAUGCUCAGCAUCUAGUGUCAAAAGUCCGACUUUCUGAGGAUCUUAUCGAAGAUGUCAAUAAUCUUCAAAGUUAUUCGAUACCUGAAGGUCAAAAUGCCGUAUGGCUGAACGGAAUCCCUAUUGACCUUCAAGAAGCUGAUGCUUUUACCAUUCUGUCUUGGUUGCGGAAAGAGCGUCAAAUAUUAUCAGGAUUUCAGAAAUUGGGAAUAGAACCUUCAAAAGCCUCAAAGGUUCUAUCCAACGAGCAAUUCGAUAUCUCAGAAGCUGAAUUUAAGUUUGCUCGAUUUCAUUGUCAAGAUGAUUUAGAAGACAAUAAAGCAAUUUUUUGGAUGAACGAAGUUGAAACUGAUACUAGGUAUAGUAAAUGGCCUAGAAGCAAUAUGCAAUUGUUAACACCGAUUUAUCCCGGUCAGCUUCAUCUCAUAAGGAAACAGUUGCACACAGUUAUAUAUCCUAUUUUCCCUUCCAGUGAUUCUUCCUUUUCACUACUCUCUGAGCUUAUUCAGUUUUCUCGUCGACCUUCUCCUGUUCAAACUGGACUUGUUUGUGUAGCAACGGAAGAUGAUGAAUUUGGUAAGACGAUAUGUCGUGCAUUCCACUAUGUUGCGAAAACUAGCUCAAAACCAAAUGCCCUCAAAUUUUUGUUUAAGUGUCUUGCAAGCGAUCCAUCUGCCGGUGCUUGGGCUCUUGUCGAAGAGCAUAUGCCUGUUGAAGAUUAUGAUGAAGAAACGUUCCCUGAGAUAAAGAAAUCUCUAAAUUCCAAUAUUUAUGAUACGAUACUAUUAAAGAGUCUUCAAUGGAGUUCGCGCUUAGGAUUAGAUCCAGAAAGCCAAGAUGUUAUCGUUAACGGACGAAUUAUAGCCCACGAUAAGCAUUACGACAGUAACAUGUAUGGUAUAUUUAUCGAAGAUAUUCCAGAAAUUCAACUAGCUGUGGCUCAACAAAUGGUACUUGAAGAGGAAAAUUUAUUGGACUAUCUUUUAAAGGAUGCGGCACAUAUCCGUAAUCCUUUAAUUCAUCCAUCUUCAAAAUCAAAAGUGAAGCAAAUAGAUUUGUUAAGUCUUCUAGAUAACAUUGGCUUCACUUAUUCUGAUCUCUUGACCGUUGGGAAUAAAAAUGCAAAGUUUUCACUUUUGUUGGUUACAGAUUUUGCUUCUCAAGAAGGACUUGGACUUACCUCUAUGCUAGCUGAAGUACUUUCAAAGUUCGAAAGCAGCAAUCUUAUUUUAGUUCAAUCCGACUUUGAUAAUGAAUUACCGACCUUGAUCUCUGACUUAAGUUCCUAUACUAAUCCCACGAAUGAAGAUUUACGGAAAUUAUUAAAGAAUAAUGAAAAGAAAAAGCCUGCUAAGUUGACAAGUAAAAUAAAGUCGAAACUUGCUAAAUAUACGGAAGUAUCCAAAGCUAUUGUUGGCAACAUUGAUGAACCUAGUCAGUCGAUGCUGAUACUAAACGGAAGAUUGAUUAAUUCGUUUUCUAUUGAAAAACUUGGAUUAGAAGAUCUUGAAAUGCUACUCUCUCAAGAAAAAGGCAAUUAUAUAGAUAAACUUGAUAAUAUGCUUGAUAACGCUAGCCAACUUCAAAACCAAGGGAUUUUACCUUUGCUUAGUUCCUACCUUAAAAAGUUGGAAUUUGAUUACGUACGUGGUUCCGUUCCUGGACGUGAAAAGGCUAUGUUUCCUAGAGACAAUUUCUAUAACCAGUUGCCAGUGAGUCGUUUAACCAUAGAAACCGAAAAUUUUAGCUCUUGUAUGUAUCAAUUCGUUGCUAUCUUAGAUCCUCUCUCUAAGAUUUCACAGAAAUGGUCAUCUAUACUUGAGUCAAUUUCUCAUUUGGAUGGUGUCGGUGUUCGUAUCUAUUUAAAUCCUUCUAAAAGCCUUUCUGAUUUCCCCCUUUCUAGAUUUUAUAGGUACUCAAUUGAGUACGAACCCGUUUUCGAUAAUGGUGGACAAUUUAAGGAUUCACUUAUACGAUUUGAUACACUUCCGGCAGAUACUCUUCUUACUAUGGACAUUGAGUCUCGUGAUACGUGGGUAGUCAUGCAGAAUGAAGUCGACAUAGAUCUUUACAAUAUUAAGUUGGACCAUACAUCGCCUGAAGAAAAUGUAGAACCUGUUUCGGCUGUUUAUGAAAUCAAGAACAUUCUUAUACAAGGUUAUUCUCAAGAAGAGGGUUUAAAAACUCCACCACGGGGAAUGCAAUUGGCAUUAGAAACACCAAAACAGGAGCAUUUUGCUGACACGAUUGUUCUUGCGAAUCUAGGUUACUUUCAGUUGAAAGCUAAUCCCGGUAUUUGGAACCUGAAACCGUUGUCUGGUCGCUCCUCUCAAUUUUAUAAUAUUAAAGCCUUGGAUAAGCUAGAUCCUAGUGAAGAGAAACAAGUGGUAGUUGAUAGCUUUGAAGGCGUGACUUUAUACCCCGUGAUGCGAAGAAAUCCAGGUUUCGAAUCCUCAGACAUAUUGGAUGAAGACAUGAGUCCGCAGAGAUUCUUUGACAAGAUGAAGCAAAAGUUAAAUAUUUUUAAAAUUGGAAAGAAAGAACCGACCAUCAACAUUUUUUCGGUUGCCAGUGGACACCUAUAUGAACGUUUUAUGUACAUUAUGACCAAGAGUGUUAUGCAACAUACCAACAAAAAAGUGAAAUUUUGGUUUAUUGAAAAUUUCCUCUCCCCUUCUUUCAAACAUUCAAUCCCAGUCUUGUCUAGGCAUUAUGGGUUUGAAUAUGAGUACGUAACUUAUAAUUGGCCUGAAUGGCUGAGAAAGCAGGAUGAGAAACAAAGAGAAAUAUGGGGAUACAAAAUUCUGUUUUUGGAUGUUUUGUUUCCACUCAACCUUCAUAAGGUUAUUUUUGUGGAUGCCGAUCAGAUUGUCCGUACGGAUCUACAAGAAUUAAUGGACUUGGAUUUGCAUGGGGCUCCGUAUGGUUAUACUCCUAUGUGUGAUUCUCGUGAGGAGAUGGAAGGUUUUCGUUUUUGGAAGCAGGGUUAUUGGAAGAAGUUUUUGCGUGGCCUUAAAUAUCAUAUAAGUGCUCUUUACGUUGUUGAUCUUGAUCGUUUUCGUAAAAUGAGCGCAGGAGAUUUACUUCGUAGACAAUAUCAAUUGUUAUCGGCUGACCCUAACUCUUUGUCAAAUUUAGACCAAGACUUACCGAACAAUCUUCAACAUCUAAUCCCCAUCUACUCACUUCCUCAAGAAUGGCUUUGGUGUGAAACUUGGUGCAGUGAUCAAAGUCUGAAAAAAGCCAAGACGAUUGAUUUGUGCCAAAAUCCAUUGACGAAAGAAAAGAAGCUUGAUCGUGCUCGUCGCCAAGUGAGAGAAUGGACUACAUAUGAUAAUGAGAUUGCUACGUUGUUGAGGACUGCCGAAGAAGAGUCUUCGCAUCUUACCUCUUCACCUUCUGUUCAAGAUCAACCACAGAAUAUGGAGAAGGAUAUGGAUGAGCUAUAA